AUGAUUAUGGAAGAGAUUCCGGAAGCGCUUAACUUUACGGGCCGAGGAGGAGGUAGUUUGGGUGCCGAUCAUGGACUGACCGCGGAUCUACUAGCAUCAGACUUACACAAAGUAAAAUCGGAACCAGAUGUCGGACCAUACAACAUUUUACCCUCCCUUACGUCCUUAUCAAUGCACGCCCAUGCAAUGUCUCCAGUCACAACGUUCGCCGCAAUCUCUAAUACAGCGCUCGCCGGUACCACAACGUCAGGCCCCCAUACGCCGGUAGACUCCAACGAAGAACCCCGAGCACCCAGCACUUCCUCAUGCAAUUCGCCCCAACCGCAACCAUCAUCUUCAACAGCGUCUAGUACUUCGAAUUCGUCCUCUAACAACUUGAGUAAGCCGCCGUAUUCGUAUGUGGCGCUGAUCGCGAUGGCCAUUCAAAGUACUCACCAGAAGAGGGCGACGUUGUCCGAAAUUUACCAGUACAUCACCUCCAAGUUUCCGUACUUCGAGAGGAACAAGAAGGGGUGGCAGAAUUCUAUUAGGCAUAAUUUGAGUCUUAAUGAGUGUUUUGUUAAAGUGCCUCGCGAAGGUGGAGGCGAGCGCAAAGGCAACUAUUGGACACUGGACCCGCAAUACGAAGACAUGUUCGAGAACGGCAACUACCGACGGCGAAGAAGGAUGAAGAGGCCCUAUCGCUCCGCCCAACCCUAUCCGAAGGCCUUUUUCGGCGACGCCCUCAGCCAACACGGCCUGCCUUUAGCUAGGAACAUUUUCACGCCCCCGGCCUACCCUCCGGCGUAUUCUAGGUACGAAACGUCUUGGCUGGGCCAAUCCCAACUAGCCCCCUACACGAGUUGCAAUACGGGAGCCUAUCCGCAACAAGGCUACCCUUCUCCCGCAGCCUUUAGCACUUGCAGCGUCCGGCAAGACCCAGCGACUAGGUAUCCCUCUUACUGGCACCCCGAUGGGGACUACUCUCCAGGUCCGCACGGGUCCCCUCCUACCGACCCUCAGUUACUGAUGCAGUGGGGACUGUGA